GGUUCACUCAUCCAAAUCAGAGGAGCAAGACUUGUGUGGAGUAGAACAUGUCCUGUUGAUGCUUCCUUCAUCAGCUUGUGCAGUGCUGCUCUGGUAUCCAAUUACACAUCUGUAUUCAAAGAAAAACACUUUAUUGUGAAAGCAUCUUCACUAACGUGACUCUUACGACUACGUGAGAAGCAGCCAGCAGCAGGUCUUCUGAGCUUUGAUUCUCAUUCAUAGUGAGCUUCUAACCCGAUGAAUCAAGUGCUCUGGGUAGAAAAGCAAUUGCAGGCACUUCCAGCACGGGGCUGGCAAGCCGAGGGGAGAGGAGCACUGGCGAAGCCCGGCAUGACGCUGCCGGCAUGGGGAAAUUGAGAGGCAACUUUUAAUUUGAAGGAAGUUCAGCUCACGAAGGAGGUGCUGCCGAGAUCCUCGGGUCCGGGAGUUGCUCUGCCGAAGCAGCAGAGGGAUUGUAAAACGUUUCAGCUUGCAGAGGCCUUGCUGCUGUCUCCCUCUUCUCUUGCCAUAAGCGUCGUGUCUGGCUGGCAGCUGGGAAGAGGAAAAGUUGGCUGCUGUUAUCUGCCACCUGAUUUCCAUGAAUUCCAGCAUUAUACAGUUUGUCUCCUACAGCUUGCUCUACUGAUGAAUCACGGGUCUGUAUCAAUAAAUCCAGCUUUAUGCAGAGCUUUGAAACAGGGAGAACUCCAGUCUAUAAGUACUUUUCAAAAUAGAAAGAAGAAUGCCAACACGAAAAUGAAGUGAACCAUUUCCUAUAUUUGCCACAGCACCUGGAUGCUCAUAUCGGAUGGACAGAGACAGGGACUUGCCUCUCACCAAACUGCUUCCUCGGACAAGAUGAAGCCAAGGAGGAGCUUUCUGACACGCUGGAGUCGCAGUGACUGCUGCCCAGUUUAAAAUUGAUGUCAGACUGUGCCCCAGCUGCCUGGCAAGAUGAAAGAAGUGGUGUCGUGGUCACCCGAGGAGGUGACGAAUUGGCUAACGGAAAAUGCUGUGCCGGAGUAUUGUGAGCCAUUGAAGAGCUUCACGGGGCAGGAUUUGAUCAACCUCACGGAGGAGGAUUUUAAGAAGACGCCUCUCUCCCGGGUGUCUUCCGACAGUGGACAGCGGCUAUUGCACAUGAUUGAAACUUUAAAAAUGGCUCACCACAUCGAGGCUCACAAAAACGGGCAUGUCAACGGGCACAUCUGUGUCAGCAUGAGCAACACCACGCGUGAGAAUGGCUUUAGCAGUAAAAUGAAGCUGAAUGGGAUGCCAAAUGGUUAUAAGAAGGAGAUGAUAAGGAUCCCCAUGCCAGAGCCAGAGCGCUCACAGUAUCCUAUGGAAUGGGGCAAGACUUUCCUGGCUUUUAUUUAUGCACUUUUUUGUUUCAUCUUUACCACAGUGACUAUCUCAGUUGUUCAUGAACGAGUGCCUCCCAAGGAGGUGCAGCCUCCCCUACCAGAUGCAUUUUUUGAUCGCUUUGAUCGGGUGCAAUGGGCUUUUUCUAUUUGUGAAAUCAACGGCAUGAUCCUUGUAGGACUGUGGUUUAUUCAGUGGCUGCUCUUAAAAUACAAGUCUAUAAUUAGCAGAAGAUUUUUCUGUAUAGUUGGCACACUAUACCUGUAUCGGUGUAUUACAAUGUAUGUGACUACACUCCCAGUACCUGGCAUGCAUUUCAAGUGUUCUCCAAAGCUUUUUGGAGACUGGGAAUCUCAUCUGCGAAGGAUAAUGAAGCUGAUUGCUGGCGGAGGAUUGUCCAUCACAGGAUCCCACAACAUGUGCGGCGACUAUCUGUACAGCGGUCACACUGUCAUAUUAACUCUUACAUACUUAUUUAUCAAAGAGUAUUCCCCACGGCGACUCUGGUGGUAUCACUGGCUUUGCUGGGCACUCAGCAUGGUUGGGAUGUUCUGCAUCCUCCUUGCUCAUGACCACUACACUGUGGACGUGGUGGUGGCUUACUACAUCACUACAAGACUUUUCUGGUGGUAUCAUACAAUGGCCAACCAGCAAGUGCUAAAAGAAGCUUCCCAAACUAACCUCCUUGCAAGGGUCUGGUGGUACAAGCCCUUCCAGUACUUUGAAAAGAAUGUCCAAGGAAUUGUACCUCGCUCCUACCACUGGCCCUUCCCCUGGCCGGUGCUGCACCGGAGCAGGCAGGUGAAAUACAGCCGCCUGGUGAAUGACACAUAACAGCGUGUCGACGGACAAAAUGGGGGGGAAAGGACCUGUCCCAAGUGCUAAGAACUCCGUACGAGAAGAUGCCAUAAAAAAAAUCAACCCCUCCCUAACCCUUUCUUUUAACAGUUCCCUUGACUUAACCUAUUCAGUUACCUGGUAAGCACUGUGAUCUUUUUUUCUCUCCAAAGGAUCUGCGUUGGACAACAAUAAAGAAAAUUUAACUUAU